AUCCUCGUGCCUUACAGGAGAUUCAUCUUCUAACGAGAUGUAAAGCACUUAGCAGGGAAAGGUGCCCUGGGCUUGGGAGUUAAACUUCUUUGCUUGUCUUUGCUGAAGGCAGCAUAGUUGCUCUAACAAGACCCUAGGCUCUUCUAUUGUGGCCAUAGUUUGCUUCCCUUCUGUGAGAAGAGAUGCACAGCUUCUCUCCACACCCGAUUGCAUGCAACUUGAGUGCCAGAAAAAGAAUAGCCCCAAAAGGUUGUGGUGGUCUCCUGUCUACAUUAACUGGUGAACUCCUGCUGCUUGUUUUCACUAAAGAACGUAGCCAGUGGUAACUUGAAAAGAACAAUUGCAUUCACUGUUUCCUCUCCUACCUGCCAAUGAGGAGUGGUCCUGGGCUGUGCUACAGCCUGUACCUCCUUGCCAAGCUGGUACACUUACAUGCAUCUACUUGAUCUGUGCGCUUUGUUGUUACUUGAAGCUGUUUCCUUAAGGUACGGUAGAACUGAGAACUGUGGUUUUAGGUGUAGUUUGCCUCCCUUCUGUGAGACUGUAAAAUACAUCUUAGGAUGAACCACACAGGAAGAGGCUGUUCAGAGCACGUGGAAACAUCUUUCAGUCUUUCAGAGAUGUGUCCUGGCUGUUGCAGAUGCAGUUUUUUUUUCCCCCCCUCUAAACAUAAACUCUCUCCAGAAGAUGCAUUGAAUUCCUUCCUUCCUCCUGUGUUCUAGAGAAUGUCUCUGAUACAUGAACAAGCCUCAUUAGUGUGUCAGAGAUGGUAAAAUUCGAGUUUUGUGCACUGGCUGCAUUAACUGUGAACCAGCCUACCCAGGCCAGACAUCUGUCUCGCUGGUGUACAGUUGCUCAUAAAUUCUGUCUGAAAGGAAACUGCAGUUUCUGUCAUCUGCAAAGACUCAUCUGCUUUGUGCAUGAGCUGAUGUGUGAGGUGCCCUGCACCUUUCAUGUUGUUCACAUGCAGGAGGGAAUCAAAAGACUUCAGAUCUUGCUUUCACUUCUAAGGAGUGUCAGAUCAUAGCUUGAUUCCUGUCACUGCUCUUUUUAUGUCUGCUCACACUCUAUUGCUCUUGAAAUUCUGCUUUUCUAAAUGUGAAAUUUUAACUGGUAUUUUGAAGCUUUUCUUCUAUUGUUUGCCCUCUAUGAUUCUACUAGUGACAAAUAUGUAUUAACUUAAGCAACAACAGCUUGUAUCUGCUAAUUAGAGGGGAAAAAAGCUUGUGAAAAAGACAACUGUCUAGGCCAGAAAACCCUUUGAAAGUAAAAUGUUUGAUGCAUCUAUUCCAGUUGAAGCUUGUUUGCACCUCUGAAAUAAUACCAGUCCUUGAUGUGAUCAGAGUGUGAUGCAACAGCUUUUCUUCCUUUGCUGUGCUAGUUUCUUCCAUCCCAAUCCUAAAAGUCCACUCCUGUGAAUGCCCAGUUAAUGCAAAGAAAGAGCACAAGCACUGUGGGGGCUUUUUUCAAGCACUUGGUUAAUAAUAAGAUGGGGAAUUACUUUUCAUGUCAUAUCAGUGAGGGGUCAGCUGGAAUUCUUUCCCAGCACUUCACUGUGAAGGCACGUGGAUGUCACAUAUCUUUAAAAAAAAUAACACAUCCUAAUCUUAUAAAAUCACUUUGAGCUGAUUACUCCAGGAUGUACACAAGGUCAGUGUACAGGAGUACGCUUCCAUCAUAGGUUCUCUUAAUAAGAACAAACAAAACCUUUAUAUAGAAACAUUUAUUUUUUUUCCACAAGUAAUGUCUGAAAGGAAUCCAACAAUGCAAAAAGUGUACAUAUGUUAAACGGUUGCUAAAAAAGCAAAGUAAAGCUUAUUCUGAAAGAAUAUUGUACAACAAUUGUUCUGAGACUGCUUAUUCUCUACCACUAAGAGUGAUGCUUUGUUCUCCAGUUCUUGACUCCUUGCUCCUUCAGAUGCUUUCACUGGGGCCAUUUCUGAACAGAAGUGGCAAGUUUUCAAGAAUGUUCAUUUUCCGUGUUUAAAAGAGAACCUGCAAAAGAAAAAUACAAAUGGAGAAGAAGGAUCGUGCUGUGUGAUUGCCAUCUCGGUGUGUUCUGCUAUUUUGGGGAUCUUUAAGGACGUGACCUGAGCUUGUGGAUGCUGCAUGCAGCUGCUUGCACGCAGUGUAAACAAACCCCCAGGGACAGCAAUCAUGAGUCUUAAUGUGCUGACAGGUCCCAGGUUGCAUAGUUUUGUUCUGAAAUGCUGACUCUGUAGAAAAAAGUGUCACCCCGCUUCCCUAGGUGGAGCUUGCCUCCCUGUCGAUUGCUUUUUGAACAGAAAAGGAUUUCUCUAUCACGUUCGAAUCUUAUAGAGAGGAGGAGGAAAAAAAUAUCCAGCCAAGUAGGCCGAAGUUCAGAAUUCCCCCCUGGAUUCACUGUGUGUGCAGUGUGUCCUCAUCUCAUGCUUUGCUAAAACAACAUAAAAAAAAAAAGUAGACAAACUUACAGCCGUUUGACGAUUGUCUUCUCACUGCUGUCCUUUCUGCUGCCGUGGGGUCCCUUCUCCAGUUCUUUAGUCUCAUCCUUUCUCUGUGAGAUGAUCCCACUGAUAAGAGAAGUGGAUUUUGUUUGGUUUUGCUAUUUUUGUCGCUAGCUUAGUAUAGUAUUGCUGUCCAGUGCACAGUCUGGGAUGUGAGAGAAGGUGGCUUUUGGCUUAUCCUGUAAUUCUGUAUAAAAUUACCUGAACCCCAAAGCAGCAUUUACACUCCGUCUUGGAACAAAGCUCUGGGUCAUUAACAGCACAUUUUAAACUUUCCUACCAAUUUUUAACUUGGCCUGUAGUAAGCUAUGUGUCACACAUGAGAAAUCACAGACAAGAAGCUAUUCCAGUGGUUGCACAGUGAAGGUAGUUGGCCAAGAUGGGGAAGCUGCUGCCUCACUGCUAUGGGAGAACUGCAGCUGUGCAGACAGUUUGUAAACUGACUUCUUGGAUUUAACUUUAACUUUGACUUAACUUGUUACAAACAAGGCAAAGGGCAGCGUUGUUGAGUCUAAGAGCUUGUUGCUUUGUUAUCUCAGAUGAAAUCCCUACUUCUCAAACUUUGUGAGUCUAGAUUAAAAAAUAAUUUAUUGCUCCAAAGAUCAUAUAAUACAGCCAGAAGCAUGAGGGGCAGAGGUGGGAGAGGAAAACAGCCUUGGAGGUGAAGCAGUUUGUAGCACAAAAGGAAGACCCUUCCUGAUUCUCGUCUCUCCCAAGCUGCUCCCUUCCAGAAAGACUGAGAUUCUGCUCUGAAGAAACUUAGUCAGCACGGAGUUGUGCAAGGAACUGUAGCUGUUGGCAUUCUUAAAAAACAAAAAACCACAAACAAACAACAACACAAAACAAAAAAUGCUUCUCUUCAAUGAUAGCAGAAGGGCUCAACAGGCUGCGUUCUACAUUAAUGCCAUACGCAUGCUGGGAGCAGAGGAACAGUAGAUAUGCUAGCGGAACCCCAUCUGCACUCGCAGCAAGUUGGAGGAGGAAGUAAAUUUCUACUACAACAAAAUGGAAACCCCCCUGAUGUUCCGCACUGCAGCUCCUCUUGCACCACGAGAAGUUGAGCUUUCAACUGGUUACGUUCCUGCAACACAUCUCGCAGCUCCUGUAAUGUGAACCGAGGCCGAUUUGGAUCUGUGAGGUCUAUCACCAUUUUAUCUGGUCCCAAGUUGGGCUGCAAAAUAAGAGAUGUAAAGUAGGGGAUGUGAUCUUGUAACCGGUCACAGCAGGAUGGGAGCGAUGAACGAUUGGGCGCCCAUAGCGAAGGAGUACGACCCCCUGAAAGCGGGGAGCAUCGACGGCACGGAUGAGGAGCCCCACGACCGUGCCGUGUGGAGGGCCAUGCUGGCGCGUUACGUCCCCAACAAGGGCGUCACCGGAGAUCCUCACCUCACCCUGUUCGUAGCGAGGCUCAAUCUGCAGACGACGGAGGAGAAAUUAAAGGAGGUCUUUUCCCGAUACGGAGACAUCAGAAAGAUCCGUCUGGUUCGAGAUCUGGUCACGGGAUUUUCCAAGGGCUAUGCGUUUAUCGAGUACAAGGAGGAACGCGCUCUGCUGAAGGCCCAUAGAGAUGCCAACAGGCUGGUUGUCGAUCAGCAUGAGGUCUUUGUAGACUUCGAACUGGAAAGAACUCUCAAAGGAUGGAUUCCUCGGAGGCUUGGAGGAGGUUUUGGAGGCAAAAAAGAAUCCGGGCAGCUGCGGUUCGGAGGACGGGACAGACCUUUCCGGAAACCCAUUAAUUUGCCAAAUGUGAAAAAUGAUUUCUAUGGAGAAGGCUCGGCAGAGAAAAGAAACUGGUCUCGAGAGGGAGCAAGGGACUGGAGAACAAGAGACCGAGAGCAUGAAAGGAGCAGAGAGAAGAGAGGGCCAGAAAGAGAGCGGUCGUGGGGUUGGGCUGACAGCGAGAGAGAAAGAGACUCAAAAGAGGAGAGGAGCAGAGGGAGAGAGAGGAAGGACAGAGACAGAAAGGACAGAGAGAGAGACCGGAGCAGGGAAAGAGAUGCCAAGAAGCAAAGAGAUGAUGAUAAGUAUCGAUAGCUGGCAGCACCUUGUCUUAAGGGAACGAUGGGGAGCUUGAGUAUGGUGACUACUCUUUUCCGUAGUGUGAGACACGCAGUACUGCCCUUAAUGCCUGGGGGCAUGCCUCUGCUGUCAUGGUGAAUGAACUGCUAUGGAGAUGAUGCAGGAAAACGCUGCGCCUUCUGGAGGAUGUGGACACGACUCUGUUGUAGGUGUCACCUACCUUCAGCAUGGGGCUGAGAGCUGCGUUACUCAAACGAGCAGUUUCAUGUUAUUGUCUUGUGCCUUUGACUUUUAUCUGCUAGAAGCUCUCUAUAGUGUGUUCCUAGUGCAGUUGUUCUUCAGAGAAAUUAAACGUUUCUAUUAAUAUUUUAAAGUGGUGAAUAAGAAAUGCACGUUACCAUCCCAUCAAAA